AAGGCACUUUAGUCAGUCAGUUGUGUUCCAAAGCGUUCAGAACACAUUGCCAUAUUUCUUUACUUAUUUCUUCUUGCUCGUGGUUAAAAAACACAAAACUCAGACAAAAUGUGUGACGAUGAGGUUGCUGCUUUGGUCGUUGAUAAUGGCUCCGGUAUGUGCAAGGCCGGUUUCGCCGGUGAUGAUGCGCCCCGUGCCGUCUUCCCCUCAAUCGUCGGUCGCCCACGUCAUCAAGGUGUGAUGGUCGGUAUGGGACAAAAGGACUCGUACGUCGGUGAUGAAGCCCAAUCCAAGAGAGGUAUCUUGACCCUCAAAUACCCCAUUGAACACGGUAUCAUCACCAACUGGGAUGAUAUGGAAAAGAUCUGGCAUCACACUUUCUACAAUGAAUUGCGUGUCGCCCCAGAGGAGCACCCAGUCUUGUUGACUGAAGCCCCAUUGAACCCAAAGGCUAACCGUGAGAAGAUGACCCAAAUCAUGUUCGAAACCUUCAACUCCCCAGCCAUGUAUGUCGCCAUCCAAGCUGUCCUCUCCCUGUACGCUUCCGGUCGUACCACCGGUAUCGUCUUGGACUCCGGUGAUGGUGUCUCUCACACCGUCCCAAUCUACGAAGGUUAUGCCUUGCCCCAUGCCAUCCUCCGUUUGGAUUUGGCUGGUCGCGAUUUGACCGACUACUUGAUGAAGAUCUUGACUGAACGUGGUUACUCAUUCACCACCACAGCUGAACGUGAAAUUGUUCGUGAUAUUAAGGAGAAAUUGUGCUAUGUCGCUUUGGACUUCGAACAAGAAAUGGCUACCGCCGCUGCCUCCACCUCAUUGGAGAAGUCUUAUGAACUUCCCGACGGUCAGGUGAUCACCAUUGGCAAUGAACGUUUCCGUUGCCCAGAAUCCCUCUUCCAACCCUCAUUCUUGGGUAUGGAAUCCAGCGGUAUCCACGAAACCGUCUACAACUCCAUCAUGAAGUGUGAUGUGGAUAUCCGUAAGGACUUGUACGCCAACAUUGUCAUGUCUGGUGGUACCACCAUGUACCCAGGUAUUGCUGAUCGCAUGCAAAAGGAAAUCACCGCCUUGGCUCCAUCCACCAUCAAGAUCAAGAUCAUUGCCCCACCAGAGCGUAAAUACUCCGUAUGGAUCGGUGGUUCCAUCUUGGCCUCCCUCUCCACCUUCCAACAGAUGUGGAUCUCCAAGGAAGAAUACGACGAAUCCGGCCCUGGCAUUGUCCACCGCAAGUGCUUCUAAGCAGUUACUAUUACCAACUACUAGUAAAACGCUUUUACGUGUUCGUGCUGACGUGGCUAUUGCAUUGUUGGUCGCAUUAUUGUGCCUAACGAUGCAGUAU